AGUGGAUAAGGAAUGGCUGUGAUCAGUGGAUUGGCCACACGCAUUCAUAUGUGCUGACUGUGAGACACUAAAUUCAAGUCUCUCCUCUGCCCAUCCAAGACUAGAAUCUGUUCCAUGAUUCUUGAAGGCAAAUAUGUCAACGGGACUUCUCAGGGCCUCCGUCUGCCUUCUCCUCCUCCUCUUCCUCCACCAAAAGCUUGCCGCCUGUGCAGACGGAGCAGAUAGCUUCACCUACAGUGGGUUCAGAGGAGCCAAUCUUACCCUCGAUGGGGUGGCAGCGAUCUCAUCCGGCGGUCUUCUCGUGGUCACCGACAACACAAUCCAGUCGAAGGGCCACGCCUUCUACCGAACCCCACUUCGAUUCAAAGAGUCUCCUAAUGGUACCGUCUUCUCCUUCUCCACCACUUUUGUCUUUGCCUUCAUCUCAGAACCCGCGGACCUUAACGGGGAUGGGAUGGCCUUCUUAGUCUCCCCCACGAAGGACUUCUCCCGAGCCUUAGGUAAUCAGUAUUUAGGCCUCUUCAAUCUAAGCAGCGUCGGUAAUUCGACCAACCAUGUCCUUGCGAUCGAGCUUGACACAACCCGUAACCCCGAAUUCCAAGAUAUUGAUAAUAACCAUGUCGGCAUCGAUAUCAACAACUUGAAAUCUGAUGAGUCCCACACUGCUGGUUAUUAUCUGAAUGACACUGGUUCGUUCCAAAAUCUAAGUCUCAGGAGCGGCCAAACCAUGCAAGUUUGGGUAGACUAUGAUAGCCAUGAGAUGCUACUUAACGUGACCUUAGCUCCAAUCGCAAUGGCCAAACCCCGUAGACGUCUCUUAUCGGCGGUCGUCAAUCUUUCAAGCGUGUUGUUGGAAACUAUGUAUGUUGGAUUCUCCGCCUCCAAUGGUCCUUUCCUAACAUCUCAUUACGUCCUUGGUUGGAGCUUUAAGAUGAAUGGCGUAGCCCAAGCUCUCGACUCCUCUCUGCUGCCUUCUGUUCCUCGUGCGAAAUCAAAUCACAAGUUAAAGGUUUUGCGCAUCGGGCUGCCUUUGGCGUCAUCUACGCUUGUUUUAAUCAUCGUAGGGACUGUCGUGUUCAUCCUGAGACGGAGGGGCAGGUAUUCAGAGCUCCUGGAAGACUGGGAGCUUGAGUACGGGCCUCAUCGGUUCUCCUACAAGGAUUUGUUCAGGGCUGCCAAGGGUUUCAGGGACACGGAGCUUCUCGGAAUGGGCGCGUUCGGGAGAGUGUACAAGGGUGUGCUACCGUCUUCUGGAUCGGAGGUUGCAAUUAAAAGAGUGUCCCAUGGAUCAAGACAGGGUAUGAGAGAGUUCAUUGCGGAGAUCGUCAGCCUCGGUCGCCUCCGCCACCGAAACCUCGUCCAAUUGCUGGGCUAUUGCCGACGCCAAGGAGAGCUUCUGUUGGUGUAUGAUUAUAUGCCCAAUGGCAGCCUCGAAAGGUUCCUACAUGAUCAAGCUAAGCCUGCUCUGGAUUGGGCGACCCGGUUUCGGAUCAUCAAAGGCGUGGCUUCAGGUCUAUUAUAUCUUCACGAAGACUGGGAGCAAGUCGUCAUCCACAGAGACAUUAAGGCGAGUAAUGUGUUGCUCGAUAAUGAAUUGAAUGGAAGGUUGGGCGACUUUGGCCUAGCAAGGUUGUACGAUCAUGGAUCGGAUCCACAGACCACUCAUGUCGUGGGAACCAUGGGUUAUCUUGCUCCCGAGCUUGCUCGAACCGGCAAGGCGACCACCAUCACCGACGUGUUUGCGUUCGGGGCAUUCCUUCUGGAGGUUGCUUGCGGCAGGAGGCCGGUGGACCCGACGGCGCACGAGGAGCAGCUGGUUCUACAGGAUUGGGUGGUGGAGAAAUGGCGGAAGGGAUCGAUACUGGAGACGAGGGAUCCGACGCUGGGAGAAGAGUACGCGGUGGAGGAGGUGGAGCUGGUUCUGAAGCUUGGACUGCUGUGCUCGCAUCCGCUGCCCACAAAGCGACCCAGCAUGCGCCAAGUCGUGCGGUACUUGGAAGGCCAUGCGCCGCUCCCGGAGCUGUCGCCCGCGAACCUGAGCUUCAGCCUUCUCGCGCUGCUUCGCAAGGAAGGUUUCGAUGACCAAAUCAUGUCGUGUCCUUCCUCCUCGGACUUCUCCGGAGCCUUAGGAAGUCAGUUCUUAGGCGUCUUCAACCAGAGCAACAAUGGGAACUCGAGCGAUCAUAUUCUUGGCAUCGAGCUUGACACAAUCUAUGACCCUGAAUUUCAGGAUAUUGAUGACAAUCAUGUCGGAAUCGACAUUAACAGCCUGACAUCUAACUCUUCCCACACCGCUGGUUAUUAUGCUGAUGACUCUGGUUUGUUCAAAGCUUUAAGCCUUAGAAAUGGUGAAGCCCUGCAAGUUUGGAUAGAUUACGACGCCCAAGAGAUGAUGCUUAAUGUUACCUUAGCUUCAAUCCAAAUGGCCAAACCCCAAAAACCUCUUUUAUCCGCGAUCAUCGAUCUAUCAAGCGUGCUGACAGGUCCCAUGUAUGUUGGCUUCUCCUCAUCCACUGGUUCUCUCCUGACGUCUCAUUACAUUCUGGGUUGGAGCUUUAACAUGAAUGGAGCAGCUCAAGUUCUCAACUAUUCCCUACUGCCCUCUCUCCCUCGUGUGAGACCCAAGCGAGGAUCAAAGGCGUUGACCAUUUCACUGCCUCUAGCAUCAGCUGGACUAGUUCUAAUCGUCGCAGGAGUCGUGGCUUUCAUCGUAAGAUGGAGGAUCAAGUACGCAGAGGUCCUCGAGGACUGGGAGCUUCAGUACGGCCCUCAUCGGUACUCCUACAAAGACUUGUACGAAGCUACCAAGGGUUUCGAGGACGAAGAUUUGCUCGGAAUAGGCGGAUUCGGAAACGUCUACAAGGGGGUGCUACAGACUUCUAAAUCGGAGAUUGCGGUGAAGAGAGUAUCUCAUGAAUCAAGACAGGGCAUGAGGGAGUUUGUCGCUGAGAUAGUUAGCAUCGGUCGCCUCCGCCACCGCAACCUUGUUCAGUUGUUGGGCUAUUGCCGACGCAAAGGUGAGCUCCUGUUGGUGUAUGAAUACAUGCCCAAUGGCAGCCUGGACAAGUUUCUGUAUGGCCAAGACAAGCCUACUCUGGAUUGGGCGACACGGUUCCGGAUCAUCAAAGGCGUGGCAUCAGGGCUUCUGUAUCUACACGAAGAUUGGGAGCAAGUCGUCAUCCACAGAGACAUCAAGGCGAGCAAUGUGCUGCUCGACCAUGAACUGAAUGGAAGGUUGGGUGACUUCGGCCUAGCAAGAUUAUACGAUCAUGGGACUGUUCCCCUGACCACCCGUGUCGUGGGAACCAUGGGUUAUCUUGCUCCCGAGCUUGUUCGAACCGGCAAGGCGGCAACCAUCACCGACGUGUUUGCAUUCGGAAUCUUCCUCUUGGAGGUUGCUUGCGGAAGGAGGCCCGUGGACCCGACGGCGGACGAGGAGAAGCUUAUUCUGUCGGACUGGGUGUUGAAGAAUUGGCAGAAGGGAUCGAUACUGGAGACGACGGAUCCAAGGCUCGGAGAAGCGUACGCGGUGGAGGAGGUGGAGCUGGUGUUGAAGCUUGGACUGUUGUGCUCGCAUCCACAGCCCACGGAAAGGCCGAGCAUGCGCCAAGUGGUGCGCUACUUGGAGGGCCAUGCACCGCUUCCCGAGCUGUCGCCCACGUACCUCAGCUUCGGCGAUUUUGUGCAGCGUCGCAACGACGGUGUCGAUGGCCGUAUCAUGUCGAAUACUGUGCCGGUGGCUACUACAUCGGUUCUCUCCGGAGGUCGUUGACGGAGUCCGACAAUCAUGUGUGUCGUCUCCCCUGAUUUGUCCCUUUGUCAUACAGUGUAUUGUUAGCUUUGAAGCACUAAAAGACUAUCUACCAGUUGUGGUGUAGUAAUACCCUGUGAUUGUUAUCAUGACAUACUAAAAUGUUAAUUUAGUCUACAACUCAACCAAAACUCAACGUGGGUGCCUACGUAUGAAAUCACAUGUCAUGGAACCUUGACCAUCACU